AUGGCUGAAGCGUUAUUUUAUCCUUGGGAAACGGUAAUUCAUAGACUUCACCUUCAGGGUACGCGAACUAUUAUCGACAAUUUGGAUACAGGACGUAGCGUGACACCGCUGUUAACAGGAUAUAGCGGUGCAAGCGAUUGUUACAGUACGAUUAUAUCUACCGAAGGUCCCCUUGGUCUGUACAAAGGAUUUGGUGCCCUUGUUUUAGAAUUUACCGCAAAAGUCGUCGUAGUACGUGUUAUUAAAUGGGUUCUGACAGAAUUACAAACAGUGCUAAGACCAAAACCAAAAUUAACACGAGACACCUCGCCAAAUUGGUAUUACAGUGACGUAAACACGUAAAAAGAGCAUUAACUUUUGUUUAGUAAUACCUAUCGUGUGUACUAAUUAUACUGUACUAAGUAUAUAGAUUAUACUAUACUUAGCGUAGUAUAGUAUUUAUAUAUAUGUAUAUAUGUACACACAGCAUAGCUUCGCUGUUGCGUUCUUCUUUUUUUCUUAUUAUUGUCGAAUCGAAUCGAUAAUUUAAUACUUUCAGUAAUUUUGAACAUUUUGGCCUCUUUUGGUAUGUUGCAUCGUUUUUAUUUAUAAUUAUAAUGAAACGAGUUUAUCGAAUUUUCAAAUUGUUAUGUACAUAAAAUUUACGAUACUUAAGUAUACAUUAACGAGGAACAAAGACUUAUAGAAUUGCGUUAUUGUAAUAUUUUGUAAUCACGUGUACGCAAAAGGUAUAUUUAUUUUACGAAUCCGAGUUAUUGGAGUGAUUCAUUUCAUUUAAAAUACUUGCGUUUUAAGAAAGUUGAAAACACUGUAAAGAUGCAAGUUACGAUACUAUGGGAAGUAAUGAAUGCACUAAUUCGUUAUUUUUAGCUCUUAAUAGUGGAAAAAUAAAUGUAUCGAUUCUGAAAACCUGAAAUAUCACACAAUAUUUACUUUCAACAUUUGUUUACAGUUGUAUACAGUUGUUUACAGUAUGUAUACAGUUUCUUUUUUUAACUUGCAUCGUAUAUUACACAGCCUUUCAUUCAUACAUCUAGCGUACGUAAAAUAAAAUGAAACAAUUUGACGAAAAAAUAUCUAUUGUCUUCUAACUAAUGCUUAAUAAUUCUAAAUCUUCAGGAAGUAG